UCAGCGGCAUCUUGGGAGGAACUAUCCCCCGACCAGAAGAGAGUGAACCCAAUCUGACAGUUUUUCACUCUCUUCUUUGGUUUCUGUUUCUUGUCGCUUUUCAGCUUCCUAUAACAUGAAGUUGUGAAUAAUUAUUGUUUAAAACGUUUCCACUGUUCGGAAAACCCGGACAUCUUCCAUUGGGUUCACGGCAGUUACUUCCCGGUGUUUAGCUUGUGUGGUUGGACCGGGGAGAACCUGCAGAGAUGUCCGACAACGGUGGCUCGGCCGUCGGCCUCCUAUCCUAUGAGACGCUGGUUCAUGCUGUGGCAGGUGCAAUGGGGAGUGUGACAGCUAUGACCGUCUUCUUUCCUCUGGACACGGCCAAAAGCAGACUCCAGGUGGAUGAGAAGAGAAAGUCGAACUCAACUCCAGUCAUUCUGGCUGAGAUAGCAAAGGAAGAAGGCUUUCUGUCACUGUACAGAGGCUGGUUCCCAGUUAUCUCCAGCCUUUGCUGCUCCAAUUUUGUCUACUUCUACACGUUUAACUCACUGAAGAAGCUGAUGGCAUCUGGUCCAGGCCAGUCCAGACCUGGGAAAGACUUGCUCAUUGGAAUUGUGUCAGGAGUGGUGAAUGUGAUCCUGACCACUCCCAUGUGGGUGGUCAACACUCGACUGAAGAUGCAGGGGGUAAAGUUCAGAAACGAGGACCUCCACCAGACUCACUACAGAGGCAUAUUUGAUGCUUUCUCACAGAUCAUAGCCAACGAGGGGGUGGGAACUCUGUGGAACGGCACUUUGCCCUCUCUCGUCCUCGUACUCAACCCUGCUGUGCAGUUCAUGAUUUAUGAGGCCAUGAAGAGGAAGGCAGGCAGAGGAGGGAGGAAGAUAUCCUCAGCAAAGAUUUUUCUCAUUGGAGCCAUUGCCAAGGCCAUCGCUACCACUGCCACGUAUCCUCUGCAGACAGUUCAGGCCAUACUGAGGUUUGGCCAGUAUACAAGUGACGCCGAGGGUGGUGGUGUGAUGGGGAGCCUUUCUAACAUUUUGUUCCUGCUCAUGGACCGGAUAAAGAAGCACGGUGCUCUCGGUUUGUACAAAGGCCUGGAGGCCAAGCUGCUACAGACGGUACUGACGGCUGCACUCAUGUUUGUUGUGUAUGAGAAGAUCGCUGCAGUGACCUUCAGACUCAUGGGGAUGAACAAGAAACUGAAGCACUGAAGACUGCUACCUGAACACAGCAAACCGUCAGUGCACUCAUCCUCAGUAGGUUUUAAAGCCUGCUGAUGCUAUUACUAACAUUAUGAAUUGUUUCUGUCGCAUAGGCACGAUAAUAUGAGCCCGCAAUGGUGCUUUGGGAGCCCCACAUUCCUAUUCCAUUCCCAAAUUAUAUAACAAAACCAGAGGGGGGUUUAAUUAUUGCUAUUGUUAACCUCUAACUGUGAACAUCUGUGCAUACACAUCCUCUCCACUGGUGCAUUUCUCUUGGUUAAGCAUGGUCCUGCAGGGACUAAAGUUAACUGAGUUUAUGUGACAAAGAAAAACAUACAGACAUUAUUUAUUAGUUUGGUUUGCUGUAUAAUAUCUUCUAGUGUGAGGUGAGUUAAACAGGUCCUGUAUUGAGUAACUGUUUGAAAAGAACACCUUUCAAAGAGCUGAACUUUCUACUGUUAAAAAAUAAAACUCUGUCAGGUGAUGAUUUAAAAAAAAACCAACAAAAAAAACCCGUUUAGGCAAAAGAACACAAAUACACCUGUUUGGCCUCUUUCUGAGAGAUGUUGGCUGCACUGAAAGACUGAUACAGCUCUCGUGGAAAUAUACAUGCUCUUUAAGAAAUUACUGGUUCAAAUCAAUGGGCCAGACUAGCUGCUUUCCCCUGGUCCGAGUUUUUGUCAUGAGUCUGCUGUAGUUUCAUAUUUCACUAUAGGAGAUGAAUGAUAUUUGUCUUUACAUUUACAUUUUCAUAUGAAUUUGAAAAAGUGUAUUUCAAUUUAAGACUUUUGUCUUAACAUUUGAGCUUUAUUGCACGUGAUGAUAAGUUUACUGCUGCCUUAAUCUAAACCACUGGGCCAUUCUUUACAUACACUUAAGCUUUUAACUGUGAAUUUAUCCAGUUGUGAAAUCCUGCAAGAUGGAAACCUCAUUAAAUUAAUUUAAUAUAAAUUGAGGGAAAAGCACAGUGUAUGUGUCUGCACAUGCUGCAGUAGUUGUAGGUAGCAAGUGCCUCUGAUUGUAAUGCAUUAUGAAAAAGAAACUGUAUGAACUGACAUACAGACGAGUGACAAAUUAAAGGAAAAAAACAAGCUAAAAUCUUAGUUGUGCGUCCACAGCAUCAGUGCACCUCAGCAUGUAUUCUUAAAGUCUUUGGACCUACAAAGAUAAACAGUAUUCUUCCAAAAGACACACCCUCAUUAUGUUGCUGGUGGUGGAGUACACCAACUAACACCUACACACAAAUUUCUCUCAAAUUAGCUUGUUUUGUGGUCUUGUGACUGCAAAAGCUGUAGCUUCUGAUUCAUGAAACCAGUCAGAGUAUAAUAUUUCCUCACUGCAGGAAUUAGAGGUUUGUUUCCCCCAUAGACUGAAUAUAAAACGUGGAUGGAUCCACUAUCAACUACUGAUUAGCUUUGUACUCUGCAUUUUAAGGUUUUGGCUGCUAAAAUGUUGUUGUUAUCAAGUUUUGGAGGGUUUAUGAGCCAGAAGUGACUAUUUAUGGAUGACUCUGUGGCAAGACUGGAACACAAGCUUCUUUGAUAGUUUACUACUGGUGAGAUUAUUACACGACAAAAGACACCAAUGCUACAAAAACUGGUUAAGCUGAGCAGACAUCUGUGUCGGCAUGUACCUGUAAGUCAGCGUAGCCACACCUUUUACUUUUGAGCUUUUGUAAAGUUUAGAUAAGAAAGCAACCAUGUGGACUGGGGCUAACAGGUUAUAAAGACAAAAAGAAACUGUAUCAGGUUGCAAACACAUUUAUUUUUGUUGUAAAGCUGGGCAUUUUAACAUCAAAGGUUAUAGGGUUUUGACUCUUUUGAAGCCAGUCUCACUCUAAAGAGCUGCAGGUUUUGGCACUUUUUCAUUUUGAUGCUUGUCGAUGGUUUAAUUCUUUUUUUUGUCACUCGUUUGUAAGUUAUUCAGUGACUGUUGAUCUACACAAACACUUGAUGCACUGAGUUUUUUCUACUGUUUUCAAUAUCGCAGUGUUCGACGUGCGCUCUUUUUCUUUCACACAGAUGUCUUCCAUUAUGUCUAUCAGUUCCCUGCGAGUAGUGUAAACUUGUCGGGGAUCGCAGUGAUUCACAGUAUUUGUCACAGUACUUUCUCUCUCUCUGAUGUGGUAAAUGACAGUUAAUGCUGCCUUUCAACUUGAUGCCGGUUGACAGUUGAUCCACUCCUCCUGCUGCUGUUGUUGUUAAACUGGUUUUUCUCUCUUUACGUCUUGGUUAUAACCAAGAGAGGCGCUUCCCUUUAACACCGCAGCCUUUAGACCUUUUGUUGUUCUAUCAAUACUCUAGCCAAGUGACACAUUUACCAGAUUUCAGCUCCUCUGCCAGUUGUCACUUAUAUUUGGUAGCAGUUAGGAAAAACAGCUCCAACUGUUUGGUUUUUUGUUUUUUUUUUUGAUUAAAGCUUUACAAUUUUGCUUUUUAUAUUUUACAAAAUGAACUUUGUUUACAUCCAGUUCUUAUUUGAUAUCAUCUUGACUCAUUUACAACAACAAAAAAAACACAACACAGAUUUUCUAAUUUUGUUUAAAUAAAUAUAACACUGUUUGUGGGUUGUAAAUUAUUGUUAUAACCAGGGAAUAAAAAAAGAUUGAGAAACAAUACUGAUUUCUUUAAUUGUGUUUUGUUUAGAUCAUUACAUGCCAGAUAAAAUGUAGUUCAUCACUGCUUUAAAAAAAUAAAAUAAAAGAAUCCCCCC